AUGGAUUUAUUACUUGUUUUUUACAUUUUAUGUGGUAUCACUAGUUUCUCAUUAGCUUUUUUUAUUAAUAACAAAAUAUACAAUAGCAAUAACAUGAGAAACAACAAUAAUAGAACCCACACCCAAGACCCACACCCAAUCAACAAUGAUUCAACCGUACAAUUAACCCCAAAUCAUCAAUCCCCACCAAACGCCUCUACCUCUGCACCAUCAGCCUGUGUCUCAGCCUCAGCCUCUGUACCAUUAACUUCAGUCUCUGCACCAUCAGCAUCAGUAUCAGCAUCAUCUGCACCUGCUUCAUCUGUUUCAGCACCAUCAGUAUCUGCAUCAUCUGCACCAGCACCAUAUGCAUCAGCAUCAGCAUCAUCAGCAUCUGCACCAGCAUCAUCUGUAUCUGCAUCUGUAUCUGCACAAUCUGCCUCCGCCUCUGCCUCUGCACCAUCCGCCUCUGCCUCUACCUCUGCACCAUCAUCAUCAGUCUCUGCACCAUCACCAUUAUCAAGAACCAAUAAAUUUAGAAAGCCAGUAAAUAGUUCUUCAGGUGCAUCCACAUCAACUGGCAAUAGUCCAAUGAAGAAAAGACCAUUGGAAAUAGAUAAUGUAAAAAAUUGUGAUAGAGAAUUUUCAAAAAAACUUAAACUCGAAGAUGAAGAGAGUUUAAAAAGAGAUAGAGAAAUAUUAAUUGAAAUGGAAAGAGUAAGAGUAGAGAGAGAAAGAGAUGAAAAAAUAAAAUUAGAUCAAAUCAAAAGAGCAGCAGAUAUUAAAAGAAUUUCAAAACUUUACAGAGAAAGGGAAGAAAUGGAAGAAAUUGAAAGAGCUCAAAUUCUUCAAAGAGAAAAAGAAAUAAAAGAGGAAUAUGAAAAAAGAAAUUUAGAAAGAAUCCAAAAAGAAAAAGAAGAAAAAGAAAAACAUCAAAGAUCAAGAUUAAGUAGCCUCCAAAGAAGAGAAAGAGAAGAAAGAGCCGAAAUUGAAGAGAGAAAAAGAUUAGAGAAUCUUCAAAAAGAAUUACAAAAGAAAGAAAGAAAAGAAAAAAGAAGAUUAGAACAAGAAAGAUUGGAAAGGGACCGUUUAGAAAGGGACGACAAAUGCACAAUUUGUAUGAAUGAAAUAGAGGCCAGCGAACUCGCAUAUAUUGCAUGCGUUCAUAGAUUUUGUUAUGAAUGUAUUUUCGAAUGGUCAAAAAGCUACCGUACCUGCCCAAACUGUAGAAAACCAUUUAGGGAUGUUAGAAGAGUAGCUAGUGCCGAACGUUUAUAG